CUCUCCCCACCCAACUCCCUUAUCUUUUCAAAAGUCAGCCUCCUUCAGUUAUCUUUAGGUUUCUAGGAAGAGAAAAAACAAGUAAUUUCCAUUUUUCCUCUUUUGCAAAGAAUUAUAUUUCCUUUUUACAAAAAAAAAACUUUUUUACAAAGCAAUUAAUUCGUAUUAUUUUGAAAUAAAAACUUGUUAAAACCCCUCUUACAUCAUCCAGCCAGUGCUUAUACAUGCAUUCACACACGCGCUUACAUAUAUAAAUAGCUUCUUGUGGUGACGGUCAUACACUUUAGGGUUUUUUCAUUGUUGGUCUCUUUUGUUGGGUCUUUUUGUUUCCUCUUCUGUUAUUUAAAUAUAUAUACACUAAAAAGAGUAGUGAUUUAUAUAAAAAAUGGAGUCUGGAAAGAUCUUUGGAUCCGAAGAGGAGUCUCGCAGCUGUGAAUCUGGAUGGACAAUGUAUCUAGCCUCACUCUCUAAUGAUCAUGGCCAAGACUGUUACUAUGAUGAUGAUGGUGAUGAAGAUAGCGAUGGUGGUGAUUCAAUGGACUCUGAUGCAUCUUCUGGUCCUAUGGAAGCCACUGCAAAUCUCAAACUUCCUCAAGAGAUCGCCGAGCAGAAUUCUAUAAAGAAAAAGAUUAAGAAGACUAAUGAAGAGAUGGUUUUGGUGGAGACCAGGGUUCACAACAACAAUCAUGAUGAUGAUGAUGAUGAUGAUGAUGAUAAUCAGGAAUUUGAUCAUGAUGAUGGUAAUGAUAGCUAUAGUGCAAUUCAUAGUUACGUUGGUCCGAUCGGUUAGACAAGAAGGGCUAAUUUGAUUUUAUGAUUUCAUGUUUAUGUUUACUUAAUUUAUGUUCCAGUGUUUUCUAUUUAUAUGAUCGAAUGUUCUGUCCUCAUGUCGUUUACGUUUUUAGGUUUAAUGAUGAAAAUUAUUUUCUU